UUCAUCAUUACCGAUGAAGAAUACCACAGCUUUUGCAGGCGACACAAGACUCAGACGUCACUCGUACCAGAGUCGAAUCGACUGAUGGCCAAGUCGUACUUGAUCCUCGACGAGUACCUGAGGUUUCUAGACCGCGACGGACGUCAGCCAUCUGAAUCUAUUCUUGACGUUGGGGUUGAGACAGCACUUCGGAGCGUGUACUGGGACGAGAAGGCUUUUAAGGACCGUGGGGGGGUGUACGACUGGACCAGGCCGGCCAGCACCUGCGGAAAAGAUGGGCAAGACCUACAGUGGUAA